AUGCCACGCUACCGUACAUCUGACGACAUUAUCGUCUCGAGACUUGAUGAUGGUAAAGAGACAAGAAUCCAGCUGGAAGACAUGAAUUUGUUCGCCUACGGGGCAUUCAGCAAUGUGUACAAAGGUGUUGCUCGAACCGAAUCCAUGCAUCGUGCCGACGUCGUCAUCAAAAAGACGUGGCCGCGACAUAGAGGUUCAUCGACGGAAGUGCGAAUUCUGGCGAAAUUGAAUCGUCUCAAACACAAAAAUAUUGUCAAACUGUUAUACAGUUACCAAAAGGAGCACGAAAUUAAAUUGAUUGCUUGGCAGUUGUUCAGAGGCCAAUAUCAUUUGCAAAGGAUGGACAUUUGUCAUCGUGACAUCAAGCCGCAAAACUUGUUGUUCAACGAUGAGACAGGCCUUCUCAAAAUUUCCGAUUUUGGCUCGUCAGCUUUAGAAGCGCGAAAAGAUCCGCAGCCGAGCUAUCACGUCACACGAUAUUAUAGACCGCCCGAAUUGUUGUUUGGGGCAAAGAUUUAUGGAUGCGAAAUUGACAUUUGGUCGUGUGCGUGUGUAUUCGGUGAACUCCUCAAAGGAUCCGUUUUUCUCGCCGGAAAAAAUGCAACAAAUCAAGCUGAGCUGGUUCUCGAUCUACUUGGCUUACCUUCAAAUGAAGAUCUUCGAAAUAUGCGCGUCAACGAAUCAAAGUAUAGGGAUAUUGUCUCAAAACAUGAACCUGACUCGAAUGGGCCAUUCCCUAAUUUUUCGUUUAUGACUAAUCCAAACCCUAAUAUCCGAGAUCGUCGAUAUUAUGUAUUCAAUAGUAUGAUUACCAAAUCGGAAAUGACCGAAUCGGUUGACAUUCUGCAACAGAUUAUGGUCUACAAUCCAUUCAAACGACUUUGCGGACACGAGUUGCUUAUGAAUUCAUAUUUUAAGCAAAUCUUCAAAGAAGACGUUGUCCGUAUGAAUGGCAAGAAAAUUGGAUGCCUCACAAUGGCGGAUUGGAAUGCUGUGCGUAGUGGAGACAAGACGAUUACCGGAGAAUCGACUGACGAAUAA